AUGACUAAAAUAAUUGAAAAAAUUUUAAAUUAUAGACUCAUUUGGUUCCUUGAAAAAAAUAAAAUUUUAAAUAAAGAACAAAGUGGUUUUCGCCAAUCAAUAUCCACAAUUGACAACCUCCACAUAAUUAAAUCUGAAAUUGACCAAGCUCUUGAAAACAAACAAACACUAGGAAUGGUAAGUCUUGACAUAUCCAAAGCCUACGACUCAGUAUGGAGGUACAGUGUCCUCAUGUUACUAAGUGAAAUAAUAACAAAUGGCAACAUGAAUAAUUAUAUAAAAGACUUCCUAAUAGACCGGCAUUUCCAAGUUAAAGUAUGUAAUUCACUUUCAAUUUUUUUCUCACAGCAAAACGGUAUCCCUCAAGGAUCCUCAUUGGCAGUAACUAUCUUUCUAUUAGCAAUAAAUGAUAUCGUUGAAACAAUAAGGACACCAGUCUAUUCGCAGAUGAUUUUAACAUUUUAA